GAAUACCGUCUCUGAUUCGCCCCGCUCUGAAUGACGCCUGCCGGGGCGGUGAAAGUGUAGCGGCGCCGCGCCACACAACUCAUCCUCCACACGCAAGUCUGCACGCGCCCCGCGAACACCGUAGACUCCAGGGACAUUUCCGCGACCACGAAUACACGGGCGAUACUGGAUCUACUGUAAAGGCUGAAACCCGCUGGCCUGGGGGACGAAGAGCGUUUCCUACCGCCGUCGGACAGCUGGUACAGAGCGCCCAGACCCCCUCGGGGUCCCGGAAAGGGCGCGGCCCCGGGACCCAGGACAGCGUGGGGAGCCAUGUCUGGGCUUCUCACCCCCAAGACCCUUGUGCUCGUCGUCGUCGUCUCGGUGCUGCUGUCGGUCUCAGCUGACUCUGUUCCAGUCACCCAACAAAACCUAGUUCCCCAGCAGAGAGCGGCCCCACAACAGAGGUUCAGCCCCACAUAUGGAUUGUGUCCACCCGGAUACCAUAUCUCAGAAGACGGUAGAGAUUGUAUCUCCUGCCAAAAUGGACAGGACUAUACCACUCACUGGAAUCACGUCCUUUUCUGCUUUCGCUGUACAAAGUGUGAUUCAGGUAAAGUGGAGAUAAGAUCCUGUACCACAAUCACAGACACAGUGUGUCAGUGUGAAGAAGGCACCUUUCAGGAAGAAGAUUCCCCUGAGAUAUGCCGCAAGUGCAGCACAGGGUGCCCCAGCGGGAUGGUCAAGGUCAGGGAUUGUACGCCCUGGAGUGACAUCAAGUGUGUCCACAAAGAAUCAGGUACAAAGCUCAAUGGGGGCACCCCAGCUGCAGAGGAGACAGUGACCUCUAGCAUGGGGACUCCUGCCUCUCCCUGUUCCUUCUCAGGCAUCAUCAUAGGGAUUAUAGCUCUAAUCAUAUUCCUGGCUGUGGCUGCGUAUAUUAUUUGGAAGACUUCACUGUGGAAGAAAGUCCUUCAUUACCUGAAAGGCAUCGGCUCAGGUCGUGGCCGGAACCUUGAGUGUGUAGACAGAAGCUCACAUACCCGAGGAGGGCCUGGGACUGAGGACAAUGUCUGCAAUGAAUCCAUGAGUAUCUUGCAGCUCAUCCAGGACUCUGAGCAGGAAAUGGAAGUCCAGGAGCCAGUGGUGGCAGGUGACAACGUGUCGCCCCCAAGGGAGCCAGAGCAUCUGCUGGAACCGGCAGAAACUGAAGGGUCUCAGAGGAGGAGGCUGCUGGUUCCAGCAAAUGGCGCUGACCCCACUGAGACUCUGAGGCAGUGCUUCCACCACUUUACAGACAACGUGCCCUUUAACUCCUGGGUGCCGUUUGCGAGGGAGCUGGGCCUCACGGAAAAUGAGAUCGACGUGGCGAGAGCUGAGGCAGCGGGCCCUGGGGACACCUUGUAUGAGAUGCUAAGAAAGUGGGUCAACAAAACGGGGCGGGACGCCUCUGUCCACACCCUGCUGGAUGCCUUGGAUUCGCUGGGACAGAGACUUGCAAAGCAGAAGAUCCAGGAUUGCCUGGUGAGCUCCGGCAAGUUCGUGUAUCUAGAAGAUAAUGCAGAUUCUGCCAUCUCCUGAGUGUGAAUCCCUUCAGGAUGUCAGACCUUCCAGAAACAGGUUUACGUUUGUUUCUGGAAAAAGCUGGACUCCAGACAGUGGGAAAGUACAACUGUCACAUGACCGGUACUGGAAGAAACUCUCCCGUCCAAUAUCACCCAUGGAUGGAACAUCCUAGAACUGUUUCACUGCACUUGAAAUUCUUUUUAUAAGCUGAAUGUGACAAGCACACUAUGGAAAUGUCUGGAUGAUUCUGUGUGUGUGUAUAUUGAGAGUUGGUUUGGGAUGUCAUUCUCUUUAUGGCACUUUUUUAUCCUAAUGCAAAUGCUUUAUUUACAUGGGUUACGUCGUAUAUUCCAUCUGCCUUAGCAUCUGCACAGUUCCUUAUGUUGAACUUUACUUGAUACUAUAUGAUAUGAACUUUUUUCUGAGGGUGGUCUCACUCUGUCUCCCAGGUUGGAGUACAGUGGCGGGAUCUCGGCUCACCAGAGCCUUGACCUCUCAGGCUCAAGCGAUUCUCCCACCUCAGCCAUCCAAAUAGCCGGGACCACAGGCAUGCACCACCACACCCAGCUAAUUGUAUUUUUUCUAGAUAUGGGGUCUCUCUGUUGCCUAGGAGGGUCUCGAACUCCUGGACUCAAGCAAUCCGCCCACCUCAGACUCCCAAAGUGCUGGGAUUAUAGGUUUGAGCCCCUGCACCUGGCCUUACCUUUCUACUUGUAUAAUUCUGUAUGUGAUUAUUUUGUGAACAUGAAGAAAUUUUAGUAAAUAUACUUGUUUACAUAGUUAUGUGAAUGCAUUAGACAAAUGUACAAUGAAUAGACAUACAACGAGGGAAGCAGAAAAAUUCCUCUGUAAGAUGUCGCUGUCUGGGUUCCAGGUCUCCCUCUGAUAUACUUUGGAUUCAGUGACUGGCAGCUCAGUCUUUUGAACUGGAUAACCUUAGAGGUGUAUGAGUAUUAUUUAUAGGUAGUUGUUUACAUGUGAUCGAGGAGGAGAACUGGAUGCACGUGAAGUCCUGUGUGUGGCUGCUCCGUAUCUGGCCAGUCUCCUUUGCACCCCCAGCCCCCAUCUGUGGACAGGCAGAGAGGGAGGCAGAUGGGUUAGAUCAGAUGCAACAAGUAGGGUCUAUGUCAUAUCCCAUUUCCAGUGAAUGUAGUGAACUUGAGCCUGUUUGGUCUCAGGAGAGAGAGGACAAAAUCUGUCUCCCGUGUCUGCCAUGGCAUCGAGUGGGAAGAGUGGAUGGUGCUUGGGAAUGGUGUGAAGUGGUUGCCAACUCAGGAGUGGACAGCCCCACUUGCUUCUGGUGAUCUGUGAUCCUGAGCCCCUGAGCUGCAUCUUAGGGUACAGGCUCCCUAUGUGAGGAGCUUGGCCCCUCUGUAAGCAUCUGACUCAUCUCAGAAAUAUCAGUUCUUAAACACUGUGGCAACAGGACCUAGACUGGCUGAUGCAAUCAGGCUUUGUCUGUGUGUCCUGUUCUGUUACUGUUUUAAAACCUCAGUAACCAUUUCAGCUUCUUUCCAGCAAACCCUUCUCCAUAGUGUUUCAGUCAUGGCGGCAUCAUUUUUGCAGGUAGUCAUUCUAGGAGUUUUUAGUCUUUUCUGUCUCAAGACAUUGUGUGUUGUCCUGCUCCGGGACUGGUUUGGCUGGGACAGUUAGAAUUGCCUGAAGAUUUUGGCACAUUCAGAGUGUUGUGUCUGGAGUUUUGGGAGGGGUGGCCUUUCUGGUCUUGGCACUUCCAUCCUCUCCCACUUCCAUCUGGUAUCCCACGUGUUGUCCUCUGCACUUCUGGAAGGCACAGCGUGCUGCUGCCUCCUGGUCUUUGCCUCUGCUGGGCCUUCAGUGCAGGAUGCUCGGCCUCAGAGCUCAGAGGGAGCCAGUCUGGUCCCAGCUCCCUUGUCCCUUCUGCAGAGGCCUUCCUUGAAGAUGCAUCUAGAGUAUCAGCCUUAUCAGCGUUUGCAAAGCUUAUACUUUUUCCUUUUUUGAAGAUGGAGUCUUGCUUUGUCAUCCAGGCUGGAGUGCAGUAGCACGAUCUCAGCUCACUGCAACCUCUGCCUCCUGGGUUCAGGCAAUUCUCCUGCCUCAGCCUCCCGGGAUUACAGGUGUGUGACACCAUGCCCGGCUAAUUUUUGUAUUUUUUUUUUUUUUUUGAGACAGAGUCUCGCUCCAUCGCCAGGUGCCAGGCUGGAGUGCAGUGGUGCAAUCUUGGCUCACUGCAACCUCCGCUUCCCAGGUUCAAGCAAUUCUCCUGACUCAGCCUCCUGAGUAGCUGGGACUACAGGCCCGUGCUACCACGCCCGGCUAAUUUUUGUAUUUUUAGUAGAGACAGGGUUUCACCGUGUUGACCAGGUUAGUCAUGACCUGACUUCAUGAUCCACCUAUCUUGGCCUACCAAAGUGCUGGGAUUACAGGCGUGAGCCACCAUGCCCAGCUAGGCUUAUUCUUUUAUUUUUAUUUUUUGAGACAAAGUCUCGCUCUGUCACCAGGCUGGAGUGUGACGGCGUGAUCUUGGCUCACUUUGAUCUCCUUGACUCACUCUUGACCCCUGGGUUCAAGCGAUCCUCUUGCCUCAGCCUCCUAGGCAGCUGGGAUUACAGGUGCCCACCACCACGCCCAGCCAAGCUUCUUUUAAAGUAAGUUUCCUGACAUAAAAUUGUUGCCGUUUUUUGGCGUUUGGGUAGGUUGGGUUUUGCUCCAUCCCCAGGCCAACUAGCCUGCGACACACGGAAGCCACUUAGUGCAGUGUGUCACUCGUGGUCGGUAUCCUUUCAUGCCUCUGCCUUGUCAGAGGUCCCUGUUUGAAGUUUGUUAGAGUAUUAAACAAUACAAGGAAACACGUUAUGUACAAAAUACUUAUGUAUUUAUGAAUUAAUGACCAAAUUAAAUAUGAAACCUUAUAUAAAAA